UCUUAAUCAGCUCCAUAACAACCCCUUUAUCUUUUUGUUUCUAUUCUUUCUAACUCACAUUUCAGUGGGCAGACGUCAAACGAUUGCUUCCAAUGGCUAGUAGCAGACGACACCAAUCGCUAUCAGCAGAUUAUUGUACGACUAUGUACAUCAAGGCUGAUAAUCAAUAUCAAUGUGAAAUAUGAAGUAAAUUUAUGUCAUUUAAAGUCAAAAUGCACUGCUUGUAACCUAUUUUAGAUAUAUAUGACGCCACGGAUACCACAGCGGACGGCACUUGCCUUUACUUAGCGCUUCCCUCGCUUGAAGUUUCCGCCACUGCUUCCCCCUGGUUGACCGAGGAACACAGGUCAUCGAUUAGCACAAAGAAAGGAACAGCUACUGGAAGGAAAAUCCAAAAGUGAUAGCUUCUUCUGUCAGCAUAGUUUUGUUAAGUGGUGAAAACUGAGUUUUAUACAAGACAGCAUUCAUCAACUCUUCUACCUAGUUCUCACAAGAUGGAGGAAAAGGAGGGCUUGACUAGUACGGAGAUUGAUGCUACUGCUGCCGAGGUGUAUGUAGACCACAGAGAGACAGUUAUCUGUGCCCCCGGUCCCCGCACGCUCAGUGCUUCAAAGCAGGAAAUGACGUCGAGCGAGGUCCCAUCAGAUCAGCCCGCUCCGGGAGCGGAAGUGAGGACAGACCCUGAUAAACAGGAGACGACGACGCCGACGCCGGCGACCGUAACAGUGGUCACGCAGCAUGUGACCACCAUUUACACUCAGAAGAUCGGUGGUGCGAAAGCAGGCUCGGCGAAGUUGAGCCAGGACGAAGGUUCGUCGAGGGACCAAGCUCUCGCGGGGAACAGGGCACAAGGAGAGGCCGCAGAGGGGGAAGAUGGAGCAGGCGGCUGCGAGGACCUGACGGACGUCGUCAACAAUAACAGCUUGAUCGUGGGUGGAGCACCACCGCCACAGCAGCAGCAGCAGCUGCAGCACAAACAGAAAUCUGCAGCAUCGAGGUCAGUAUCGGCGACGUGCCAUCGCCGACCACCUCUACCACCACUACUGCCUUCUCGAAAGUGUUCGGCAAAACAGUGGACGCCACCACCUCUUCGACCACCGCCCCUAUCAUGGAAGCGUCAGCGACUUCUGCGAGCAAAGAGCGCCAUCUUUCGGAGUGCAGCAUCUCCGUGUCUGGUCAUGGCGUCAGCAAUGCCAGUCAGGAAACGGGAUACGAGGUCUCGCUCUCCGCAGGGGCAAGCAAGGAAGAAGAGGAGGAGGAGGGAGGAGGGAAGAGAGCAGACCCAGGAGGUUAAGGACGACGAAGGCAAGGUUGCGGAGUACAAUCCCGGUCUCGCUAUCAGAGCCCUGACUCUGGAGGGCCUGCUGGAGAAGAGGGUCUCCCCAGACGGCGACGCUGCCUUCCCUGACCAGACCCAAGCCGCCGCCCUCGCCAGGCCUGCCACCGAUUUGUCUACGCUGUCGGCUGCUGAUAAGACUAAUGACGGAACCGUAAUUUGCCAGACGGAAGGAACGUCUGCUCUGUCUCACGAUGGUGUGGCUUCCGAGGCCGAGAGCUUCUCCGUCUCGUCGGAAACCCUCGCGCUCUCGCGUGCUGCUGAGGCUGAGUCCGUUGUGCUACAACAGCAGCAGGGUCGGCUGCUGGACACCCGUACGGCCGGCGGCAGCUUCUGAUGCAGUGCACGGAUGAUGCUGCGCCAGUGGCUACCAAGCUUUUGUUCAACCCCAUUGAGGUGGAGCGCAAGUUCACCAUCGACGACAACACCGAGGCCCGCCUGAGGGCUCUAGGCGCACAGCUACGGGUGGAGAAGGUCUUUCACGACGUCUACUACGACAACGACAACUAUACCCUGAUCCUCGGCGACUGCUGGCUGCGGCGUCGCAACGACGUCUGGGAAGCCCGCGUUCCCGCCAGGUCGACGAUGACACCAUCCCCAUUAACUCCAACCACCACCACAUACAGCCCUCACACGCAAUACAGAGAGCUGAGCAGCGAGAAGGCCAUAUCGGCCUGGCUGGUAGAAUGCCUGGGAUUGGAUGCUUGGCUGAAGGGAGAUCCCAUGGAGCUGGUGGUGCAGGCGGCCGGCCUCGGCGAGUUCGCCCACGUCAUCACCACCCGGCGCUCCUACACCCUCCCGUCCUGCACGGUCGACCUGGACUUCACCGACUACGGUUUCCGGGUGGGUGAGAUUGAAGUCAUGGCCGCUUCUCCAGAGGACGUGCCCAGGGCCUUGAAGACCAUCAGCGGCGUGGCCGAGCAGCUAGGUAAAGCAAGGGAACGAGUAUUUAGUCGUGCUUAA